GUCGCUGUUGUUAAAAUGAAGUGUACAGAACGCAUUUAUGCCAUGAAAAUUCUAAAUAAGUGGGAAAUGCUUAAAAGGGCAGAGACAGCUUGUUUCCGAGAAGAGAGAAAUGUUUUGGUGAAUGGAGAUUGCCAGUGGAUUACUACUUUGCACUAUGCCUUUCAAGAUGAGAACUAUUUGUAUCUAGUGAUGGACUACUAUGUUGGCGGUGACUUGCUGACACUUCUCAGUAAGUUUGAAGACAAGCUUCCUGAAGAUAUGGCCAGGUUCUACAUUGGGGAAAUGGUGCUUGCCAUACAUUCCAUACAUGAGCUGCAUUACGUGCACAGAGAUAUAAAGCCUGAUAACGUUCUUUUGGACAUGAAUGGCCACAUACGACUAGCAGACUUUGGAUCCUGUCUGAAAAUGAGUGAAGAUGGCACAGUACAGUCAUCAGUAGCAGUGGGCACUCCUGACUACAUCUCUCCUGAGAUACUGCAAGCAAUGGAAGAUGGAAUGGGCAAAUAUGGGCCUGAAUGUGACUGGUGGUCACUGGGUGUCUGCAUGUAUGAAAUGCUUUAUGGUGAAACACCCUUUUAUGCAGAGUCCCUGGUGGAAACCUAUGGGAAGAUUAUGAAUCACGAAGAGCGAUUUCAGUUUCCAUCCCAUGUUACAGAUGUAUCUGAAGAAGCAAAAGAUCUUAUUCAGCGACUUAUCUGCAGUAGAGAACGUAGACUGGGACAGAAUGGAAUAGAAGAUUUUAAGUCUCAUGCGUUUUUUGAAGGACUUAAUUGGGACAACAUCCGAAACCUAGAAGCACCUUAUAUUCCAGAUGUUAGCAGUCCUUCUGACACAUCAAACUUUGAUGUAGAUGAUGAUGUAUUAAGAAAUCCAGAAGUGGUACCACCAAGUUCUCAUACAGGCUUCUCCGGAUUGCAUUUACCAUUCGUUGGGUUUACAUACACAACUGAUAGUUCUUUAUCUGAUAGAGGCUCCUUAAAGAGUGCAAUGCAGUCAGACACUGUAACCAAAGAUAUGGAUGCACAGCGUGACUUAAAGAACAGUUCACAAAUAGAAGGUUAUGAAAAGAAAAUACGGAAAUUGGAGCAAGAAAAGCAGGAUUUGAGCAGGAAAUUGCAAGAAUCUACACAGACAAUGCAGAACCUGCAAGGUCCAGUAUCUGUUACAGUAAAUGCCAACCGUGAUAAGGAAAUAAAAAAAUUAAAUGAAGAAAUUGAACGGUUGAAGAACAAAUUAACAGAUAUUAGUAAACUGGAAGGACAGCUUGCAGAUGCAGUGGCUUUUCGGCAAGAACAUGAAGACUCCAUACACAAAUUAAAAGGGCUGGAGAAACAGUGCAGAGUACUGCGGCAAGAGAAGGAGGACCUUCACAAGCAACUCGUAGAAGCCUCAGAGAGACUAAAGACCCAAUCCAAAGAACUGAGGGAUGCCCAUCAGCAGAGAAAGCUGGCCGUGCAGGAGUUCUCCGAGCUCAGUGAGAGGGUGGGGGACCUGCGCUCGCAGAAGCAGAAGCUCUCCCGGCAGCUUCGCGACAAAGAGGAGGAGGUCGAGGUCAGCAUGCAGAAAAUCGAUGCCAUGCGACAGGACAUCCGUAAAUCGGAGAAAAUCAGAAAAGAGUUGGAAGCUCAGCUGGAAGAAGUUGCAGCAGAAGCAUCAAAAGAACGCAAACUGCGUGAGCACAGUGAGGUCUUCUCUAAACAGCUGGAGAAUGAACUGGAAGCUCUAAAGUUGAAACAGGGAGGCCGGGCAGCAGGUGUCACACUAGAACAUCAGCAGGAGCUUUCCAAAAUGAAGUCUGAGCUGGAGAAAAAAAUCUUAUUUUAUGAAGAGGAGCUGGUCCGACGAGAAGCAUCACAUGUCUUGGAAGUAAAAAAUGUAAAAAAGGAAGUACAUGAUUCAGAGAGCCAUCAGCUCGCGCUGCAGAAGGAGAUCAUGAUAUUAAAGGAUAAACUAGAGAAAGCAAAGCGAGAGAGGCACAAUGAGAUGGAGGAAGCAGUAGGAACAAUGAAAGAGAAAUAUGAGCGUGAAAGAUCUAUGCUCUUGGAAGAUAACAAAAAGCUAACAACAGAAAAUGAGAGGCUUUGCUCCUUUGUGGAUAAAUUGACAGCACAGAACAGGCAGCUAGAGGAUGAGCUCCAAGACCUAGCAGCAAAGAAGGAAUCUGUUGCUCACUGGGAAGCUCAGAUUGCCGAAAUUAUUCAAUGGGUAAGUGAUGAGAAGGAUGCUCGUGGCUAUCUCCAGGCAUUAGCUUCCAAGAUGACAGAAGAACUAGAAUCAUUAAGAAGUUCCAGUCUGGGAUCAAGAACACUGGAUCCACUUUGGAAAGUACGACGCAGUCAGAAGUUGGAUAUGUCAGCUAGGCUGGAAUUACAAUCUGCCCUUGAUGCAGAAAUUCGUGCCAAACAACUAGUUCAAGAAGAGCUUCGCAAAGUUAAAGAUGCAAACAUAUCUUUUGAAAGUAAAUUAAAGGAAUCAGAAGCAAAAAAUAGGGAACUGUUAGAAGAAAUGGAAGGCUUGAAGAAAAAGCUGGAGGAAAAAUACAGAACUGAUACAGGUCUUAAACUUCCAGACUUCCAAGAUUCCAUUUUUGAAUAUUUCAACACCUCUCCUCUUGCACGUGAUCUGACUUUCAGAGAUUCUGUUUCUUCUUCGUCUACAUCUUCUCUGCUAGCCUUUUGGGAAGAAACCAGUUCUAUUAGCGAGCAAGAAACACAGGGUCCCAAAUCAGAAGUUUCACCAUCUACUUCAGUUAUAACUGCAGAGCAACAACAAGAAGAUCCAAUUCGGCUUCAGAGGAUGCCUGCUGCUCCUUCCCCCACCAUUCAGUCCAUUUCUCUAGCUGUACCAAAGCCUAAAGCUCAUCAGCUCAAUAUCAAGUCAUUUACAAGCCCUACUCAGUGUAGUCACUGCACCUCUCUUAUGGUGGGAUUAGUUCGACAAGGUUAUGCCUGUGACGUGUGUUCAUUUGCAUGCCAUGUUUCCUGCAAGGAUAGUGCACCCCAAGUCUGUCCUAUCCCCCCCGAGCAAGCCAAAAGGCCUCUUGGAGUAGAUGUGCAAAGAGGAAUAGGAACUGCAUACAAAGGUUAUGUCAAGGUUCCAAAGCCUACAGGAGUUAAGAAAGGGUGGCAGAGAGCUUAUGCAGUUGUUUGUGACUGUAAACUCUUCUUAUAUGAUGUGCCUGAAGGAAAAUCUACCCAGCCUGGGGUUGUUGCAAGUCAAGUCUUGGAUCUCAGAGAUGAAGAGUUUUGUGUGAGCUCUGUCCUGGCAUCAGAUGUAAUACAUGCAACUCGUAAAGAUAUCCCUUGUAUAUUCAGGGUGACAGCUUCUCUCUUAGGUUUGCCUUCAAAGUCUUGUUCUCUGCUGAUCCUGACAGAAAAUGAGAAUGAGAAGAGAAAGUGGGUUGGAAUUCUAGAAGGGUUGCAAUCUAUUCUGCACAAAAACAGGCUGAGAAACCAGGUUGUGCAUAUUCCCCAGGAAGCCUAUGACAGUACACUGCCUCUUAUUAAAGCAAGUUUGGCUGCUGCUAUUGUAGAUCGAGAUAGGAUAGCAAUUGGUUCAGAAGAAGGACUGUAUGUGAUAGAGGUGACCCGUGACGUGAUAGUCCGAGCUGCUGACUGUAAGAAGGUGUACCAGAUAGAGCUUGCUCCCAAAGAGAAAAUCAUCAUCCUCCUCUGUGGUCGGAACCACCACGUUCACCUCUACCCCUGGACCUCUCUGGAUGGAUCAGAAGGAAGUUUUGACCUGAAGCUUGCAGAAACUAAAGGCUGCCAGCUGAUCAUAACUGGAACACUGAAGAAAAGUUCUUCAACUUGUUUGUUUGUGGCUAUCAAGCGGCAGGUUUUUUGCUAUGAAAUUCACAGAACUAAACCUUUCCACAAAAAAUUCAGUGAAAUUCAGGCUCCAGGGACUGUACAGUGGAUGACAUUGUUCAAGGACAAGCUUUGUGUUGGCUACCAGUCUGGGUUCUCUCUCUUGAACAUCCAGGGAGAUGGACAAUCUAUAAACCUGGUAAAUCCUAAUGACCCCUCGCUUAUGUUCCUCUCACAGCAGUCUUUUGAUGCCCUUUGUGCAGUGGAGCUCAGUAAUGAGGAAUACCUGCUUUGCUUCAGCCAUAUGGGAAUAUACGUCGAUUCGCAAGGUCGAAGGUCACGCAUGCAGGAGCUAAUGUGGCCUGCAACUCCUGUUGCCUGUAGUUGUAAUUCUUCAUAUGUAACAGUGUACAGCGAGUAUGGGGUUGAUGUAUUUGAUGUUAACACUAUGGAAUGGGUCCAGACUAUUGGCCUGCGAAGGAUCAGGCCAUUAAACAUGGAUGGAACACUAAAUCUCCUUAACUGUGAGCCACCAAGGCUAAUAUAUUUCAAGAACAGGUUUGCAGGAGGUGUCCUCAGCGUACCAGAAACAUCUGACAACAGCAAAAAGGAAAUGCUUAAAGACCCUGAGCUAAGGUCAAAGAUGAUUUCUAACCCAACAAAUUUCAACCACGUGGCUCACAUGGGACCAGGGGAUGGGAUGCAGGUUCUCAUGGACCUCCCACUGAGCGUUUUGCCUGCUGCCCAGGAUGAAAAACCGUGUCCCUCUACGGCUAACCUGUCACGACAGCAGCAGCAGAGAAACAAAACCUAUAUUUCCUGGCCCUCAUCAAGUGGCAGUGAAGGAGCCAUUCCUUCCCGCAGUAUGUCCGAUCCCGACCAGGAGUUUGACAAAGAGCCUGAUUCAGACUCGACCAAACACUCUACUCCAUCCAACAGCUCAAAUCCAAGCGGUCCCCCAAGUCCCAACUCUCCCCAUAGGAAUCAGCUCACGCUGGAUGGCCUGGACCAGUCGACGUGCGACGCGUAGC